GGAGUUCAGCAGCAGAGCCUGUAAGUGAGGAGAAACGUGUUUAAGUGGACUCUGUUUAAACUUUCGGGAUGUUUCACCUCAGACUCAUCUCCUGUUAGCCAAGAAUGCUAAAGGAAGUUAGCUUGUCAGCAGGAAGUAGCCGGAGCCGGAGCUCGGCCUCACAGUGUGUAUUUUAUCAGAGUGAGCUGCGUGUCUGUAACGGAGUGUGUCUGGAGGAAAAGCUGCUGUAAACAUGUCUAAAGUCCAAACGCUGAGAGCUUUUGUCCAGCAGCGACUAAGUGCGGCUGCUGAAGAGAUAUUUGAGCUGUUUGAAAGAACGAUAGCAGAGUACGAGGAGGAACUUUGUGGACAACGCAAACUACUGGACGCUGUUUUCAAGCCUGAAGUCCGGUUACACAGAGCAGGCAUCCAGCUGCUGUUGGUGAAUAAAGAAGAGGUUCCCACUGAGCAGCAGAAGUGGUGCACCAGUCUGAACCAGGAGGACCCACCAGAGCCCCCAAAUACUAAAGAGGAGUGGCGUCCCAGUCUGGACCAGAAGGACCCACCAGAGCCCCCGCACAUUAAAGAGGAGUGGAGCCCCAAUCUGGACCAGGAAUACCCACCACAGCCCUCACACAUUAAAGAGGGAUGGAGGCCCAGCCUUGACCAGGAGGACCCACCAGAGCCCUCACACUUUAAAGAGGAACAGGAGGAACUCUGGACCAGUCUGAAGGAAGAGCCACUUCAAGGACUAGAGGAGGCUGAUAUCAUGAAGUUCACAUUCACUCCUGUCCUUGUGAAGAGUGAAGAAGACAAUGAAGAGGAACCUCAGCCUUCACAGCUUCAUCAAUUACUAACUGAACAGAUAGAAACAGAAAUUGAUGGACAACUAGCUACUGAUGACAUAGUGUCACACUCUGAACCUGAGACUGAUGACGAAUGGGAGGAGACCGGGGAACAUGAGUCAAACUCGCUGCAAUACAAUGAAGUAAGUGAUGUGGAAUGUAUUACAGGAAAAACAUCAAGUAGCUUCUCUGAAUGUGCUACAGGCUUUGGCAACAAAGAACAUCUGCAAGAACACAGUGGAGGCCAACAAGUAAAGAAACCAUUUAGUUGUUCAUUUUGUAAAAAAAGUUUUCAAUGGAGAGCUGACAUGGUGAUGCACAUGAGAAUCCACACGGGAGAGAAACCCUUCAGUUGUUCUGUCUGUGGUAAAAGAUUUGCACAAAACUCAAAUUUGACCACACACCUGGGAGUUCAUACAGGAGAAAAACCUUUCAGCUGCUCAGUUUGUAAAAACCUUUUCAGCGAAGAGGAGAUCUUGUGAAGCACAUGAGAAUCCACACAGGGGAGAAACCUUUCAGUUGUUCAGUUUGUGGUAAAGGAUUUCUGAAAGCGGA